GCUCCGCACGCAAGCGGUGUCGGCCGCCGCCACGCAUCAGAGCACCACUCUGGAGCCGCCAGGACCACAUCUACUCGUCACUCUCGACGACGCGGAUCGAGGUGACGAGCAAGAGAUGCCGGCGGCAUAGCCGCCUAGACCCUUUGGUGCCGCCAUCUUGUGGCGGCCACGAGGAAUGGAGAGGUUGGCCGAACAUGACGUUGAAGCUCAUCGACGACAUCGCCGGCCGGCUGCUCCGCUACGACAUGGCCGAGUACGUCCGCCUCCGCGCCGCGUGCAAGGAGUGGAGGAGAUGCACCGCUGACCCGCGCGAGUGCUGCGGCCAGCUGGACAACAGCUUCCGCCCCCGCCGAUGGAUCAUGCUGUCCAACCGCACCAACGGCGAUGGCCGUGGCUUCCUCAACCUCACCACGGGCGCCUCCGCCGGCGUCGACCUCCCGGAGCUCUCCAGCCACCACCUCGAGGCCACCGUCGAGGGCCUCCUGCUCCUGCGUGACAAGGCGAGCCACGCCGUGCACAUCCAGGUGAUCAGAGUGGAGGACAGGGCAAUGGCGUUCCGGUGGCAACUAAUCCAGGUGUGCGAGGUAAACCUGGACGGGAAGAAUCUCCUCCCGGUGGAUUACAUCGGACACCACCGUGCGGUGUUCGCCGGCGAGGUGGCAUGCUUCUCUCUCUCCACCACCGGUUUUUCAUGCAUUUCAGGGAACGCGGUGUACCCGGGGGUGUCCGGCUACCGCUUCCCUUCCAUCGGCGUGCGCUAUCUAAUGAACAAGACUAUAGAUCCACCGUUUGAGUUCACCAUGGAUGACGAAAGGCUAAACGUUGCUGGCAGAGAGCUUAAAACGUUCCGGCAAUCCUUUCCAGACCUGAAUCUAGUGCCUCUCGCUCGGCCCUGUACUCUACCAGAAUACCUGGUCUGUUGUGCUGGCCUCAAUGGCGGCCUCAAGGACUAAUCAAUCUUGAAUCCAAUCAAAGGUUGUAUGUUUCGGCUGCAUUUCUAGCACUGGCUUCUCUUAUAAGGUGUCCUCACCUAGCUUCCUGAAGAAGCCGCAUCACAUAUUAGGUAGACUUUCAAAUUAGUUUAGGAAGUUAGGGGAGAACAACUUCUUAGAGAAGCCGGUCCAGUAAACCGAAAUGAA